CCACACACACCCCGGGGACUGUGGCCCUUCUUAAGCCCGCGGAGCCUCUGGCUGCCCCUCACUCGCCUCUCCAGUCGGUCUCCCUCCCGCGCGAUGGCCUCAGCACUGAGUUAUGUCUCCAAGUUCAAGUCCUUCGCGAUCUUGUUCGUCACCCCGCUACUGCUGCUGCCACUCAUCAUUCUGAUGCCCGCCAAGUUUGUCAGGUGCGCCUACGUCAUCAUCCUCAUGGCCAUUUACUGGUGCACGGAAGUCAUCCCUCUGGCUGUCACCUCCCUCAUGCCUGCCUUGCUUUUCCCGCUCUUCAAGAUUCUGGACUCCAAGCAGGUAUGUAUCCAGUACAUGAAGGACACUAACAUGCUGUUCCUGGGUGGCCUCAUCGUGGCCGUGGCUGUGGAGCGCUGGAAUCUGCACAAGAGAAUCGCCCUGCGCACGCUCCUCUGGGUGGGGGCCAAGCCUGCACAGCUGAUGCUGGGCUUCAUGGGUGUCACGGCCUUCCUCUCCAUGUGGAUCAGCAACACGGCCACCACGGCCAUGAUGGUGCCCAUUGUGGAGGCCGUGCUGCAGCAGAUGGAAGCCACAAACACAGCCAGCGAGGCCGACCUGGGGACCCUGGAGCUGGCGGACAAGGGCAAGGCCAGUGAGCUGCCAGGGAGCCAAGUGAUUUUUGAAGGCCCUGCUAUGGGGCAGCAGGAGAAUUGUGACAGGAAGAGCAUGUGCAAGGCCAUGACCCUGUGUGUGUGCUACGCCGCCAGCAUCGGAGGCACUGCCACCCUGACCGGGACAGGACCCAACGUGGUGCUCCUGGGCCAGAUGCAUGAAUUGUUUCCUGACAGCAAAGAUACCGUGAACUUCGCCUCUUGGUUUGGAUUUGCCUUCCCCAACAUGGUGAUAAUGCUGCUGCUCGCCUGGUUGUGGCUCCAGUGUAUCUAUAUGGGAUUCAAUUUCAAAAAGUCCUGGGGCUGCGGGUUGGAGAGGAGGAACAACGAGAAGGCUGCUUAUGAGGUGCUGCAGGAGGAAUACAGGAAGCUGGGGCCCUUCUCCUUCGCCGAAGUCAACGUUCUGCUCUGCUUCCUCCUGCUGGUCAGCCUAUGGUUCUCCCGGGACCCUGGCUUCAUGCCUGGCUGGCUCUCGGUUGCCUGGGCUGAAGGGGAGACAAAGUAUGCCUCCGACGCCACCGUGGCCAUCUUUGUGGCCAUGUUGCUAUUUGUUGUGCCUUCACAGAAGCCCAAGUUCAACUUCUGCAGUCAGACUGAGGAAGAAAGGAAAACUCCAUUUUACCCCCCUGCACUGCUGAACUGGAAGGUGACCCAGGAGAAAGUUCCCUGGGGCAUUGUGCUGCUACUGGGGGGCGGAUUUGCUCUGGCCAAAGGAUGCGAGGCCUCGGGGCUCUCCGAAUGGAUGGGGAAGCAGAUGGAGCCCUUGCACGCUGUGCCCCCAGCAGCCAUCACCUUGAUCUUGUCCUUGCUUGUUGCUGUGUUCACUGAGUGCACAAGCAACGUGGCCACCACCACCCUGUUCCUGCCCAUCUUUGCCUCCAUGUCACGCUCCAUUGGCCUCAAUCCGCUGUACGUCAUGCUCCCCUGUACCCUGAGUGCGUCGUUUGCCUUCAUGCUGCCCGUGGCCACCCCACCUAACGCCAUCGUGUUUGCCUAUGGACACCUCAAGGUUUCUGACAUGGUGAAAACAGGACUAAUGAUGAACAUAAUUGGAGUCUUCUGUGUAUUUCUGGCAGUCAACACCUGGGGACGGGUUAUAUUUGACUUGGAUCGUUUCCCUGACUGGGCAAAUGUGACACAUAUUGAGACUUAAGAAGGACCACGAGACCACAACACAGCUCUGCCCUCCUGAGGAUUCCUGAACCUUCUGGCACACCUUAGAGCUUUGGGGUUCACACCCCCAAAGUGACCCAAUGAUGCCCACACCCCUGGAGACCCAGGCCCAGGUCAUAGCUGGGGAUGGGCAGCUGGAGGGCAGGCUCAGAAGUGAAGGGAGCUUCCCAAGAGGCUGCUGGUGUCCAUCUUUCUCAGGGGCCUGCCAUCAUCUCUGGGACAGGCAGGCUGCAGAAGGACCAGGACGCAGGCUUCUGCCCCCGCUCAGCCUCGAACCGGCCCCACACUGGGCUCCAGUAUCCAUUUGCUUAGUCCCAGGGUCAUCUAAAUGGGAAUCAGAUCCCAAAUUGAGAGGUGACCAAACUACCUCCCGGAGCCUGUGUCUCUUGCUGCCGACUUUGGGCUGCCUCGGAUCACUCCUGUCACUUGGAAGGGACAACCCAGCCCAGGGACAGAACGUCUGUCUGGUCCUGGGCAGACAGCUUCCCACUGCUGGAGUAAGAGUGGGAAUCAGAGCCUCCUGGAACCACUAGGAGGAUAGUGCCACCACCAAAGGAUGAGGAAUUUGAGUUGAUAACUUCUGGACAACAUCGCCCACAGCACACCGUGGGUGAACCUGCUCCCCUCUUUACCUCACUCCAUUUUAACUGGCGAUUUGGACCGCUUUCCCACCGCUCCAGUGCACCUCCUUCCACGCCUAGGGCCUUUUGUUGUCUGGGCCAACAUUCCUUGGGAUCCCCUGGCUGGGGCUCCUGGCACCCCCUUUUCUCCCAGGCAGGUCAGUUUGGCUCUUCGGGAAGAUGCUUUUCCUGCCACCCCACACAGCUGGGCUCACACUCCAAGUAUGGGCAGCGAUGACUCCUUGGGGGCCACUGGGGUAUCUAGGUCCUCCCUUACCUGUAGGCCCACAGUGGACACAGCUGUUAAUCACCAAGAGCAGGGUCCCGUCAGAGUUAUUCUGUCCUGCUGAGUUCAAGCUCCCCCGGGGAAAGCCUUCCCUUCGCUGACUGGCUUUCGCAGCCAUGCUGGGUGGUGACAACAUUGCUGAGAAUGAGCAGUGCUUGGUGGUCCCUGAGCUGACAGCCCCUGCCCAUGUGUGAAUCUACCUGAAGUUGCUGGAGCAAAGACCCCAGAGUGGCUAUGGGAACCCUUAGAACCCCAGGAGAGAUAUUACACAUGAGAGACACCCACCCUUUUGCCCACCAACCCCAUUUUAUUUUUGUGGUGCUCUGGAAGAGAGGCAGUAGCAGAUAUAUGAGGUCCAUGGAUGACAUUUUUCAGGGCAGGAGAAAGGAUGGGAACCCAAGGGAACCACCUCAAGGAAUGAGCAUGUACCUGGCUCUCUGAGUGGGAGGAUUCUUGACUGCACCCUUUGUCUCCCAUGGAAAGGUGCGCUGUCUCUGGCUUUCUGGGGUGGGAGGCAGGGGCAGGGGGAUGAAUGAACACCUACUCACUGGCCACCUCCUGCGUGCCAGGCCUCUCUGUACCUGGUGCAUCCACUACUCAUCUCAUUUGCCUUUGCAGCAGCCCUGUGAGAUAGGCGGGUGUUAUUAUCCUUCUCUGUCUUUCAAGAAUACUGAGGCCCAGAGAGGCCAAGUCACAUGUCCAUAGUCACAUAUCAUGUUAGUGGCACUUAGGGUUCCAGUCCAGAUCUUGGGCCUCCAUGUCCACUGCUCCUUCCUCAUUAAGGGUCUUGGCCUUAUAGGACCUAUAGGGAAAAGUGGGCGGCCAAGAGAAAGUCCACCCCAAGGCCCUUCCUGCUCAGGGAAAAUUGUUCAGCAAGAGCCCCUUUUUGCUGCCUCCUUUGAGAUGGGCUCAGGUCAGUGUUGGAGCAGACAGGGCUGAUCUUUGCCUGAAGAAGCAGCUUCUGGUUGGAGACAGAAGUAUGAAAAUGGCUCCCUGCUCCCCACAUCAAGGUAAAACUGAUGCACCCCUCUAUCACAGUGCUCCACACCGCUGCUGUGGAUGUGUCUGCCACAGCGGUCUGAGGGCGCACCAAGGACUUGCACUGCCUGCUGGGUCCAGUGCCCACACUAGGGCUGACCUACAGUAGGACACCACAGGUGUGGUUGGUAAAUAAACAAGUGAUCAGCGUGGUCAAUUAGAUGCAACCUGGUGGUAGUGGGCAAGGUCAGUGAAGGUCAUCCAAGGUGGGCAUUGAAAGAUGAGUAGGACUGGCCAGGCUGAUGAGGGAGAAUGUGGUGGGGUGGGUAGAGGACUCUACCAGACUCCGUGUGGUUGAGCGCUGACAAGAAAGCUGGGUGGGGCUCCAGGGGAGAGAUUCCACAAUUGAGGAGCUGACCAAAGGCGGUUUCUAUACAACUUCUCUUGAAUUUGGCUAGAGUUGCACUAACAUUUAUGGCCAGUGCCAGUCAGGCUUGUUUUUAGCUGCAAGUAAGAGAAAACCCAGCUAACAGUAGUUUAAAUCAUAAGGAUAGUUAAUAUCUACUUAACAAGAAGUCUGAAAGUAGACAGCCACUGGCUUUGGUCCAGCCACUCUCAGACCACCAAGAACUUGGGCUCUACCGUCUACUCUGCCAUCCUAAGGGUAUCUUGCCUUUCUGUACUCUCAUGCUUGACCCCCAUGCUACAUACACAUCUACAUUGAAGGCAGGAAGAAAGUGGUGUGGGGUGCGGGCACGACAGUGCCUGGAAAGAAAACGCUUUCUCAGAAGCCCCUACAGAGUUCCCUUUAUGUCUUCUUGGCCAGAGCUAGGUCAUACACCCACCUUUAGGCCAGUCAUGGACAAAGGGCAAUUGGAAUGCUGUUGGAAUACCAUGAGACCACUUAGGACCCAUCUCUUGGGCUUGGGGAAUUGGCCUAUGUUUACUGAAAUGAAGAGAUUUCCAUUCACUACAAAAUCUGGGUUCAGGCGGGAAAAAAGAGGGGGCAGCUAUUGGAUAGGUGAUGAACAGGGUCUGGUGUUAGGACCCUUUCAGAGGGCUGCUCUUAUUCCGGUCCAUGGAAUUCAGUAAAAAUAGGUUUCUAGGUAGGAAGAGAGUAUAUGGUUGUCUGGUCAAGGGCUCAGUUCUGCUUCCGCUUCCAGAAGGGCCAGGCCUCUUCCGGGAGACCCGCUGGAUUGGGAGGCUAAAGUCUGAGUCAUGAACCGAGAGCAGUCCUGACAUCCGACACUGAACAAGUCAGUCCACUAUCUGGGCCUCAGUUUCCAUUAGGAAGGGGCUGGACUAGAGGAUCCCUAAGGGCCUGGCCCCAGAGUCAUGGGUCCUCUUACCGCACCUGAUCCGUCAUCUGCUUGGGCAGAUGCAGCCCCCACCCCGCUUCUCCAUGCCUUCUCGUCUGGGAGUCUAUUACACAGCCUACACCCUGUUCCCAGCUGGGUCUUCGCCAUUUUCUGGAAGCCCUCUCAGACCUUUUCCCCGUCUGUAUUUUGUUUCUUACAUUUUGUAAAGAGUUUCUACCCAAGACCCUUCAGUUCUCUCUUAGCACCUGGAGCAGCUAUCUGGGCCUGAGGUUAGCUGAACAUGAUGGAAUCUUGACCAGGACUGCGCUCUCAACUGUUUUAACCAGGGACUUAUGACUCCGUAAUGAUUCUAUGCAUUGUGGAAUCCUUCCCCUCUGAUCCCUGCGCUGGGAUCCUGAGCUGAGAUCGUCCUUAGGGAAAGGCCUGGGCCGCCUCCUCUGGUAGGACCCGCGAACAAGGCAUGUCCUGGGCUACAUGAAGUCCUCGCUCCUCCCUGCCAUCUCUUGAACACUAACAAAAAUAAUUGAUAGGGAGGCUUUUGCUCUGGACUCCAAGUGGCGAAUCAUGUCAGUAUACAGAGUCCAAUUCUCAAAAUAAAUACAGACAUUCUUGGGUAAGACCCUUGAUGGCAUGUUCUUGUUUGUGGAAAUAAAGACCAAAUGCUGGAUCAUCUGGUUAAAAACUAUACCUGGCAGACCUGUUCUUAGAUCAGAACUUCUUCCAGGGACUCUCUCCCCCUUAGCCCCUCAGCCUCUGAAAAGCUUUGUCUCCCAACCCACCAGGGAAGCUUCUUUUCACAUAAAAAAAAAAUCACCAAAAUAAACUUUCCACACCACGGGACGGUUUUUACAUUCCCUAACAGCUUAUCGUUUCAGGUUGAAAUCCUUGUAAUCAGAUAUUCCGUUUAUUUCCCCUGGUGUCCUGAGCCAGGGCUCAGGUUCUCACUUCCCCGUCCUAGGAAUGUCUUUCAGGCACUUCCGUGAUCUGCUUGUCCGAACACUCACUUCCGCCCUCCAAGACACAGUCCACCCACUGCUUGCAGUUUCAGAGCAUCAUUUAUGUUCCUGCUUCCAGCUAUCAAGGGUAAAGAAAUACUAAAAUUCAAUCUCAGAGAACACUGUUAUCUAAUCAAGAAAUUUUAACUAGUGUUUGUAUUUGAAAAAAUAAUAUGAACACAGGAAAAGAAAUUCCAACAGUACAAAAAAAGUAUUGAGACGUGUCCCUCCCACUUAAGACCUAAAGCCUCCAUUCCCCUCCAGAGAGACAACCACUGUCCACAGUAUCUUACAUGUCUUUCCAGAUAUUACAUAUCUAUGAACUUAUAUGAUAAAUACAUGUCCUCUUUAUCACAUAUGGGAGCACACUAUACACAUUUCUGUCCUUGUUUCCACCCUCCACCCCAGCCCUCACCUCCCUGCUAAAUUUAUUUGGAGAUCAUUCAAUUUCAGGAUAUAUUAAGUUUGACUAGGGUGGGUGUUUUUUUUUUUCUCAUGCAGUAGUUAAUUUUGUUUUUAAAUGGAGGUAACAUUAAAUUCAGUGACUAGCAUUGCUUCUUAAGUGUGCAAUUCAAUAAUUUAGACAACUGUAUACAUCGUGUCAGCAACACUCCACUUCCGUCUUCUUUCCCCCUGAAAGUUCUCCUGCCCCUUCAGUCAUCUCUACCUUCCCUAGGCGCCGCUGUUUCGAUUUCCGUCACCAUAGGUUAGUUUUGCCUGUUACACUUUUUAUAAAUGGAAUUCUACAGUACAUAGUCUUUUGUGUCUGAUUUA